AUGGACCUCUUCAAUCGAGGAAAAUCAAAGGCAAAGAAAAAGGCAGACCAACCUGCCAUACAAACCACAAUUAGUACGCCUUUCACAAACACGCCUCAUUCACCCAAAAGCCCUGUUCUUCAUCCCAACGACGAUUACGCAUCAGGGGUAGGACGUUUAGUAGAAGGCUCAUCUUCCAUAAGAAGCUCGCAAUCUUCUUCAAUACCAAGUACCGAUGCCGAAUACACCAACGUCGACACCAUGACAGAAGCUGAAAUAGAGGACUUUUUCGAAAAGAUGCUGACAAGAAGAGGAAUUAACAGUAACAGUGAUCGUUUAAAAAUGCUAUCGUUCCCCAUCGAUAAAAAGAGGCUUAUGGUCGGCCAAGAUAUUCAAUUCGAAAAUAAUGUCGUCGCCAGUCCUUCCAGCAGACGAACAGGUGUCGAUAAAAAAUUGGAUCAUCAUCAAACCGAGAACAAAGGUCCCGAAUAUUAUGUUCGCAAAUUAUCAGACAUGUCAAAAGGUGUCAACACAAAAGUCGUUGCACAUCUCGCUGUGGGACUUAGAACCAUGCCAUUGAGUUGGGUGCGACAAUUCAUCGAUAUGCAAGGAUUACAAGUCAUUACUGCUUUAUUAAAAGCCUUCAACAAAAACAAACAAAGACAAGAAUUGAGUUUAUCCGUCGAAGCUGAUUUAUUGAAAUGCUUCAAAGCCCUAUUAAACAAUAGAGCAAGUAUAACAAUGGAACCCUACAUCCUUCUUUCUUCUAAUAUUCUCUAUUAUUUAGGUGGGAGCGCGAGAAGCAAUGAAACAUCCACAAUGUGUAGAACAAAUCGUCCAUUGCAUCGUCUCCCCAUCCAUCAAUUCACGUCGACUCGUCUGUGA